GCCUCACGUGUGUAAUUGGGGUUCUCCUCCCCAUUCCCUAGAGAUUUACACAAGCAUCAGUGCGAAGGAGCUAGAGAGAGAAAGUGAAAGAGAUUGUAGAGAGAGAAAGAGAGAUGGGUGAGGAGCAGGAGCAGGAGCAGGAGCAGGAGCAGCAGCAGCAAGCAGGGGGCGGUAGCAGAGCAAACCCUAUAACUCAUGCACAAUUCCUCUCUUGGAAACGCCAAAAGGACGCGGAUGAAGCGGCUAAGCAAGCAGAGGAAGCUAGAAAACGAGCAGAAGACAUUGAGGCAGGGAGAGUUGCCAUGAAUGGCCGUGAGCUUUUCCUGCGUGAGCCCUGGGUCUUUGACAACACUCGCUACUGAUAUAAUGUUUGUUGUUGCAACUUUCAAAUGAAUAAGAUACAUCGAUUUCUGAUUUCUUAGGAUAAA